UUAACAGAGGCUCAUAAAACUGCCAUUCGUGUUAUUAGAAAAAUAAAAUAUUUUGUUUCUAGAAGAAAAUUUCAGCAAGCAAGAAAACCUUAUGAUGUACGUGAUGUGAUAGAACAAUAUUCUCAGGGUCAUCUUAAUAUGAUGGUUAGAAUUAAAGAAUUACAGAGAAGAUUAGAUCAAACAUUGGGUAAACCA